GGCACGCGUGAAUGACUUGAUGACUCUGUCCGUCAUACACAUCAGUCAGUCGGGUCGGUCCAUGUACACUAAAUGUAUGUGCGUCAAUCAAUUGUCCAAAUGCCAAAUCGACUGACUGACACAGACCCAAUUGACAAAGACUCAUCUGAACACGGCACUGCACGGCACCCACACAGCCAGCUGGCCUAGACCACGGCGGCUCCCCCGCUCCCUGACGGCGGUGGCUCCACCAGGAAUGUGUGCACCACACUGCUGCCGCCCUCGAAGGACGUCCUGUAGGUGGCGCGGUAGCCACACCUUCACACACAGGCACAGCACAGCACACCCACAGACACAGACAUAUGGAAAUCGGCAGUGCCGGUCUCUGGGCACCUUCUUGUGUACGCCAUGGCAAUCUUGGCCUCAUAGUCGUUUGGCAGGCCAGCGCCCCGGAUAGACAGCACCUGCUGCCCCCAUAGAGUGGCCGGCAACACCAACAUCAUCUCGAAGGAAAACUUGCCGUCGUCCCUCUCACCUACACACACACACACAUCUCCAUCCGCAUCUGCAAUGUGCGACCGGUGUGUUCCUGCUUCUGACUGUUGUUGUGUGUGUUGCUGCGGUGGGUGGGUGCGUACCAGUGAGUUUGGCCUCUCCUUUUUCGGCGUAUCCGAGGAUGGUCAUGAGGUUGGCGAUCUGCUGCACAUUGGACACGACGAAGGAGGGGGAUGGCCGGGCGGCCGCCCGUAUGAUGCAGCACGUCUUGCCGCUCUCAUCCGUGUUGAACCGAUCGAUAAGGAAGUCCAGCAAACGGUCGCCCACCUGCGCUUGCCGAGGCACACAUGGAUGGAACAAACGACAGACAGACACAUUGAUUGGAUUGGGCCACACACACCACACCCAACAGAGGAGAGAAGCACUCACUGCCUGCAGUCUGUCUGUCUGAUCAGGUAGGCGUGCGUGCGUACCGUACCCUUCGGCUGUGUUCGGAUGGCAGGAGGCUGUUGUCAGCCAGGAAAGCGGGUCGACGCACGAGCUGCUCCUCGCCCGUCGCACCCGUCUGACGCGACGCAUCGAAUCAUUCGAUGCCGACAGACAGACAGACAUACAAUACACACAUCUAUGUUGCGUCGCGACAGAGGUCACGGUCGACGCGCACGUCUGUGCACCAUGCACCCACUGCACCCUUCCUUGUUGUUAUCUGUCAAUUGAUUGAUUGACCUUUUCGACGAACAGCUGUUGGCCGGAGCACAUCUCGGUGUAGAGCGUCAGGUAUUGUGCGAACGAUAUGAAAUCGAAAUAGUUCGCAUCGGCCAAAUCUGCAAGACAAAGGCAGCGGAUCCGAUCCGAGGCGUCACGACUGACUGAGUGGAUGGACAUCCUGUCCUGUCUGUCCUCUCCCCUCCUAGCUAAUCAAUCUACCCCCUCACCUCACCUCCCUGUGUGAUCGGCAUUGGCUUGAGCCUCUCGCGAUAACGCUCCCACUCAUUCUGUCGAUAGAGGAAGAAAUCCUUCUGGAAAUCUGCACACACCACAAACACACACACCACACAGUGACCGACUGACAAUGAGAGCGCCGCCACACUCCUCUCUCUGCUUGCCUGCCUGCCUGCUUGCCUGCCUGCCCGUCAUCCCACCUACCCACCAUUCAUGGGCACGAAGUCCAGUUCAUCAGCGACGUUGUAACUCUGCCGCAUCAUCUGCACAGCGAAGUCCUGGUUGAUGCGGGUGCGGGGGAUCUUGACAGGUGCCGGAGACCGCAGCUCGUCGGCCGCCUGUUUGAGCCUCUGCAACAAGUUCAGGUCGGCGCCGCUGUCCCGCGAGAAGGGGUCCACACCGGCCGCAGAGAGCGAUAGUGAGGGCACUGCUGAUGCCUCUCCGUCUGUGUGGUCCCUCCUCGAGACGCCCAAGGGGGAUGAUGAUCGAGAAACAGACGACAUCAUCAUGAUGACGGUCGCAGGCCGGCGCCUUUCUGUUAAGCCACGACAAUGCCGGCUGCAUAUCCGCCGCCUCGUAUGGCCCAGCGGUGGCUGCAUGAACGAGAACUGAAGCCUCGGUCUUCUCACAAGGGAUGCAUUGUCGUCAGUGAGGCUGUUUGCAGAGCUCGAGGUCAUGAAGACCGUAGCGACAAUGAGUGACAAGAGGGGCCGCAUAUAUAGAUGGGAGGGCGGGGAACGUUGAUCGAAGAUGCUGCAGAGGUCUGCAGCAGCACGGCAGAUCUGCAGCACAAGCUUAGUGGCAGGGAGAUAGCUAGCUGCGUCAGAGAAUUAAACGCGGUGCACGUGUCAUCUAUUCAGAUGUGCUCACCUACCCCCGUAGAUCUAUCGGGUGAUUUUCCUCUGCGAGUCACGGCAGGAGCAGUUUCAGGCAGGACCCUAGCCGGCCUGAGGCCAAGUCCUCUACUCAACAUGAAACACCACCCGACAUGCAACACAGACACGCAACAGGCAGCACGCGGAGGGCAGAG